GCAACACUUUUCAACGUCCACGUCAAAGAGAAGACCUAAAUAAUCUAAAGAGCAAAAAUCAAUUUGUUCCGUUUAGCUAAAACAUUUAUAAUAAAAAUGGUUAGCUUAAUUAAUACUGUGCAUACCGGUCAUGAAGACAUGAUACACAAUGCCAUUCUGGAUUAUUAUGGCUUGCAUUUGGCCACUUGUUCAAGCGAUGGUUCAGUAAAAAUUUUCGACAUUAGAAACGGCAAUCAAACAAUUGUUGCUGAUCUCAAGGGUCAUCAGGGUCCAGUUUGGCAAGUUGCUUGGGCUCACCCGAAAUUUGGUAAUAUCUUAGCAUCUUGCUCCUAUGACCGUAAAGUUAUAGUGUGGAAGGAGAACGGGGCAAAUGAAUGGGCUAAAAUUUAUGAAUAUGGUAAUCAUGAUUCAUCGGUUAAUUCCGUAGCUUUCGCACCAGCCGAGUACGGGUUAAUAUUGGCAUGCGGCAGUUCAGAUGGUUGUAUUUCCAUUCUCAAUUGCAAUAGUACGAUGUUUGAUGUUUGGGAUUGCAAAAAAAUUCCCAACGCUCACACUAUUGGUUGCAAUGCUGUAUCUUGGUGCCCUUCCACUGUGCCAGAGCCAGCAUUUAAUCAACGAAGCUCGACGGCACGUGGCCCCGCUGUAAAACGUUUAGUUAGCGGUGGUUGUGAUAAUUGCGUCAAAAUAUGGCACGAAGAUAAUGACCGCUGGGUGGAGGAACACCGCUUAGAAGCCCACUCAGAUUGGGUGCGUGAUGUGGCUUGGGCUCCAUCCAUUGGGUUGCCGCGUUCGCAAAUAGCAUCCGCUUCCCAAGACCGCCACGUAAUAAUUUGGAACAGUUCAGAUUUAAGCACGUGGACAUCGACCAUUCUUCAUACGUUUGACGAUGUGGUGUGGUCAGUUAGUUGGUCAAUGACGGGUAAUAUCUUAGCUGUCGCUGGGGGUGAUAAUAAGCUCUCUUUAUGGAAGGAGAAUAAUGAAAACCAAUGGACAUGUAUUAAUGAGGAUGCUUCAUCAACGAGCGGCCAACAGCUCGAACAGCGAACAUUGUGAAUAAACAAUAAAACUGAAUUUUUCACGAAUUUGUUUUUGUAAACAUUUAAGGAACUUUAUAUACAUCAAUAAUAUAACGAAAACCUAAGGAGACAAGUGCUGUGUAUAUUUCUUAUUGCUUCUUGUUUCCACGAUUCCAUAUAAACCUUUUUUUUUUAUUUAGGUUUAAAUAAUAAAUCGGUUUGUUCUCUAUU